AUUUAGCUAACAUAUGAAGUUUGAAGGUUUAGGAAGGACAAACUACACAAUAUAACACCAUGUCUAAGAUAAUUUGUUCGGUGUUUUCUUUAGUGGUAGUAAGCCUAAGCACGGUUUAUGCAGACCAAGAUAUGGAAUCAUCCAAUUACAGACGGCAUUCGGUUAUGACCGAAUGCGCUAAUAAGUUUGGAGUCUCAGAACCUGAGCUCAGAACAGCAUUUAGAUCAGGUGAUGUGUAUGACAUCGAUCCAUGUUUCUGGAGCUGCUGCUUCAAGGGAACUGGAGUUUUGAACAAAGAAGGCACCUAUGAUUUAAAGGCUACUCUACCUUUCAUCAAAAUGACAUUCCAAGAUGAUGAUUACAAGGAAGUGCAAGAAAUAGCAAGAAUGUGCGAAAAAGUAAACAAUGAAAUUGUUAACGACGGGGAGGCUGGAUGUGAGAAAGCUGCCUUGUUGAUGUCCUGCUUCUUAGACGGUGGUCGUGAUAGACAAUAUUACUGAAAUGUGGAGGUAAAUUAUUACUCACAGUACAAAUAUAAUGGCUGUUACUGAACAUAAACUUCCAUAUUUAUUUUAUUAAUUCAACUGCUGUAAUUAAAUAAAUACGUGUUGGUAAA